GAGUCUGAUGAACCUACGCCACUUCGUGCAACGAAGCUUUCUGGACUUGCGCUUCUACAUCUACAAGAUGCCAGUCAACAUGAAGCAUACUGGGUACAUGCGUUUCUUGCCAGAUGGCAGCUUGAGAACCUCCAUGUGGAGCAAAGGGAAUUGGACGCUAGUUCAGGAUGAUGGCUUGAUGCUUCGCAUCCCGCGCUUGUCCCGACGGGUGUUGUUCGCGCAAUUCAAUUACCGCCGCCUGGCCUUCUUCAUCCUUCAAGCUGGUACUUUGCGGGUGGAGUGGUUCGGCAUGCACGAGGAUCUGGUCCAGGAGCCCUUCAAACUGGCAAAUGCAAACUUUGAUGUCUGGACUGCCGGGCAGAUCUAG